AUGGCCAGAUUUCCAGAAAUGAACUGGAGUGUCAGCAAUGUAGCUGAAGAAUUUAAACUGUUCAAACAGAGAACCGAGCUAUGUUUGUUAGAUAAUAACAUAGAAGAUCCUAGGAAACAAGCAACUAAAAUUAAGAUAGCUCUAGGUAACGAAGGCCUCAGAAAGAUAAAUGCCUCAGGUCUAUCUCCAGCGGAGCAAGAUGAACCUGACAAGUUAUGGAGCUUAUUUGAGGAUCAGCUGAAGGUCAAGGUGAACUUCAGAAUACAUCGCUUAGAACUUAUGAGAUACAAGCAAAGGUCAGAUGAAACCAUAGAUGAUUUCGUGAACAGGUGUCGCACCAAGGCCAGAGAAUGUGAAUUCAGCCCGGAAGAGUUAUGCGAACGCCUCGUAGAGCUUGUCAUAGCCUCCACACCUAUCGAAGCAUUUCAGAAGGACUUGUUAGACAGACCAAAAGGCUUCAAGGUCGAGGAUCUAGUUGAUACAGGACGCAAGUACGAAGCGAUCUUGGCAGGCAAGCAGUGCUUACAGACAUUACAGAGCACCCAUGUUGAUGCCAUCCGGAAGGAUCAUGGGCAAUGCAGAAAUUGUGGACUUAGCCACCCCCCAAGACAAUGUCCAGCCUACAGAGAUACAUGUCAUGCUUGUGGGAAACUAGGACACUGGUCAAAGAUGUGUUCAAAGAAAAAGGCGAGGAGUACAAAGCCUCAACAGAGGAAGCCUGAACAGGGACGACCACCGCCAGACAGACAGGAUAAUUCCCGGGGUCGUCAAGGAAGGCAGUCCAGAUAUCCAGAGUCAAAGCCAAAGGGUCAUUUUCAAGACCGGCAAGGAAACCCCAAGUUUCAGCACUCAAGGCACACUCCGCCGAACAAGACAAGCAGACAGCGAGUUGAUGAACUGGACUUAGAGAUUGCACAAGAAAAAACUGAGGAAAAAGAGUUGCACACGAUAGAGAUUCUGAUCAACUCGAUAGACUCCAAGCAGACAGAAGCAUUUGCUAGCCUAAAGGUUGAAUGUCCACGUCGCAGAGGACAAGCACGUCUUCGAGCAAAGAUUGACACAGGAUCCGGCGGGAACGUACUCCCACUGAGGACAUUGAAGGAGCUUUAUGGAAGCCGAUGGAAAGAAAUGCUCUCUCCCACUGAUGCGCAAUUGACAGCGUAUGGCGAAGCUCAACUACCUUGUCUGGGUACCAUAGUCAUCUCAAGUCAAUUCAAAGACUCACGUUGGGAAAAACAGACUUGGUAUGUCGUGGACGCGAAUGGACCAAUCAUUGUUGGACUCCCAACAUGCACAAAGCUUGGUAUUGUCACCAUCAAUGAGAUACGAGAAUCUGUGAGGGAGAAGACUGAACGACCUCGUAUACAGUCAGUGCAGGACUUACAGGAAGCGUUCCCUGAGCAGUUUGACAAGAUUGGAAAUUUCAAGGGGACAGCAACGCUUCACCUUAAGGAUGAUGCUACUCCAUCAAUCGACCCACCUAGAAAGUGCAGUGUGCACAUGCGAGAGAAACUCAAACAGGAGUUGGAUCAGAUGGAAAGCAACGGCAUCAUCAGAAGAGUGGAUCACCACACAGAUUGGUGUAGCUCACUCACCACCGCCUUAAAGAAAGAUGGUUCACUUAGAGUUUGCCUGGAUCCCCGAAAGCUGAACCAGAGUCUGAAGCGGUGCCCUCACAAAGUGCCAACACUUGAGGAACUCAAUCCUGCGUUUUCGGAAGCCAAGUACUUCUCAAAGCUCGACGCCAAGGCAGGAUAUUGGUCCGUGCAUCUGGAUGAAGCAUCUCAAGAGCUUACAACAUUCAGAUCACCUUUCGGGAGACACUGUUUUCGCAGACUGCCAUUCGGACUUUCAGUGAGUCAGGACAUCUUUCAGCAGAGGAUGGACUCAAUCAUCGCACAGGUGCCAGGCUGUGUUGGAAUUGCAGACGAUGUUGCAGUCUUUGGAAAAACAGAACAAGAGCAUGAUGCUAAUCUAUGGAAACUACUAGAGGUCGCACAGAAAGAAGGCCUUGUGUUCAACAGUGCAAAGUGCGUAAUAAAGACACAGAGCAUCAACUUCUUCGGAUCGCUGUACACAAACCAAGGUAUUCUACCUGAUCCGAGUAAGCUGGAAGACGUCAAGGACAUGCCUUCUCCACGAAGCAAGGAUGAGCUGCAGAGGGUCCUUGGCAUGAUGACAUAUCUGUCACCGUACAUACCCAGCUACUCAGAGAAAGCAGCAGUUCUCCGAGAACUUCUCAAGAAAGAUGUGCCAUUCCUUUGGCAAGAUGACCACGAAGAGGUGUUCCAGUCCCUCAAGGCUGAGGUAUCAAAGGGAGCUUGUCUUCAAUACUACAAACCUAAUGCCCCGACAGUAUUGGAGGUGGAUGCAUCAGGCAAGGGACUUGGAGCAUGCCUACUUCAAGAUGGGAAGCCUGUAGCUUUUGCAUCUAAGAGCCUCUCAGAAGCACAAUCAAACUACUCAAACAUUGAACGGGAGACACUUGCUCUGGUAUUUGGCAUCACACGUAGUCAGUUAGUCCUCCCAGAUACGCUUAGCAGACUUCCCAACCCAAAGAAGACAGAAGACGUACAAAUCAACCUACAUGUUGAUGAAAUGCUAACAAUCCCUGAUAGCGAAGAUGAUUUGUCUGUGUUCUCAGAGGACAAACGAACACAAUUACUACAAGAGACUGCAAAUGAUCCGGUCAUGAUCAUGUUGGCCAGGAUCAUUAAAGACGGAUGGCCGGACGAGUUUAGGCAGGUACCAAACUGCCUGAGAAGAUUUUGGUCAUACAGAGACGAACUUGGUACCGUCAACGGUAUCGUCUUCAAGGGACGACAAGUAGUCGUACCCAAGGCACUCCAAGAAGACAUCCUGAGACAACUGCAUACCAGUCACAUGGGUAUUGAGAAGACCAGGCGACUCGCCAGAGAUUGUGUGUAUUGGCCAGGAAUCAACAAGGACAUAGAAAAUAUCGUCAAAACCUGCCAAGCAUGCCAAGAGAAUCAAGAUCAACAGCAGAAAGAGCCACUCGAACCACAUGAGGUUCCUCCAACUCCAUGGACAAAGCUUGCUACAGAUCUGUUCCACCUAGAUGGUACAGACUUUCUCCUCAUCACUGACUACCACUCCAAAUUCCCAGUAAUCAGGAGGAUGCACAGUACGACUAGCACUGCAGUCACUACAGUGAUGAAAGAAGCGUUCAGCAUGUUUGGAGUACCUGCAGAGGUUGUCUCAGACAACGGCCCUCAGUUCAGUGGCAAACCAUUCCAAGAGAUGUGUGCAAAAUGGAACAUUAAGCAUACAACUUCAUCGCCACGAUAUCCUCGUUCGAAUGGUCUUGCGGAGAGAAUGGUACGCACGGUGAAAUCAAUGAUCAAGAAAUGCAGACAAACAGGACAGGAUCUCCUGGAAGCACUCUUGCAUCUUCGUGCAACGCCACAAGCAGACUUACCAUCUCCUGCUGAACUGAUGUUUGGACGAAAAGUAAAAACAACACUCUCAGGUCGCAGCUAUGGAUAUCCCCACAACGAUAUGCACGACCAAAUCCAACAAAGAAGGGAGAAAAUGAAGCAUGACCACGACAAACAUGCUGGUAAAGAACUACCCAAGUUAACCGUUGGUCAGAGAGUAAGGAUGCUGGAUACAGAUGAUAACACAUGGAUUCCAGCCAGAGUGUCUCGAGUGUGUGAAGCACCAAGAUCAUACGAAGUAACCACUCCCAAUGGAAGGACACUAAGACGAAACCGGUCACAACUCAGAGAGAUGUUCACAAGCCAGCCAAUAAGUGACACCUCGUCAGCUAGUCUUGAUCCACGGAGACUAGACCUUGAGGAUGAAGAGGCAAAAGAAACCGGUAACCAAACACCACACACAUACACUUCAGACAAAACUCCAAACUCUCAGUCUGAUAGACAUACAUACACCACACGGUAUGGUCGCCAAAUCCAUCGACCAAUUCGCUACAGAAAUCACACACAUUAA